CAGAUAUAGGCAUCCACAUGUCCUCAUUACACCACUACGUCAGCCUAACAUCACUGAAAACAUAGAGCUGCUAAUAAUAGAACAUGUGAAACACCUUACUGGACAUCACCCUGAAGAACCACAUUGUGUCGAUAUGAAACAAGGAACAAAGGGUCACGUUCAAGCGAGAUUUGAUUCCAGCGAACCGCGGAUUUCGUCCGCAGCUGUAGCUGGUGUAUCAAUGGGGAUACUGCUGCUUAUAUGUAUAAUUGUGGGUACCAUUAUCCUGCAGAGAUGCUGGGAUUAUAAAAUAUGGCCUUCAUCCCAAAGGUCAACAGAAACUGGAGCUGUUUCACAUAGAAAGGAAUGUCAGACGCAGUACAACGUCGAUGUCUUUGUGCCGGGGAGUGAUGGAGAAUGUGCCGUGAUUUCGUUGCCCCCAAGAUCAUGUUCUUUGGGCAGGAUUGUUGAGGGGAAACACCGAUUGUGAAUAAAACAUGAACGAGUUUGGAGAUGUGUUGGAUGGAAGAUAUACUUGCCAUAUCACUUUUCAAACCCUGGACCCAUUCGCUGCCAUACCUUCGUUUAGAAAGUGACGUAACUGUCCGCAUUCCUCCUAUCAGUAGCGUCACGCAUAAUUUCUCUCGCUCAUGAGUGUUGUUUGAUUGGACGGCUAUUUUUAGCGGCAUCUAUUUCCCAACAAUGCUAUAAUGGCGAAUAUAUCUAAGGAUACACUGGAUAAUCGAGUAUGAUCAAACGGUGUAACUGAUUUUUUAGCUGUUUUUGACUGUAAAAAGUACAAUUAUAAACUGAACCGCAAAAGAAACGUCACCAUGGAUAGCUAUAUGAGAAACCGUAUUUGUCCAAACACUGUAAACAUACUUUGAGACAUAUUAAAAAGAUGAAGCUUUGCAAAACUGAUCAACAACGUUGAAACUAAAGUGUCAAAUGUUCUUAAAAGGAAACACAACACCAGUCUCUGAGAAAAUGGCAUCACAAGUCAGUAUCUCGUGCGUCCGCCAAGUUCAUUGAUGACUGCCAUGCAACGUCGAUACAUGGAAUGGAUGAGGCGGUUGAUGAAGGCCAUAGGCACUUGAGCCUACACUCACGCAGUUCAGCUGCAGUUGUCGGCCUUGGUCGGACGUCAUUGAGUCGUCUUUGA